CAAAAGUAAAAUUAACUAAUUUAUUCGGUUCGAAUCAAAAAAGCGCCAUUAGCUUAAUAGAUUAGAAUGAUCAGUGGCACAGUAUCGGCUGUACUUAGAAAUGUAUCGCUUAUAAACAAAAAUAUUCUUGCCCGAUAAAAUUCAAAUUGUGCAAAGUCUUUGUGGGACAAUAUAUCAAUUUACUUUAAAGUGAUAAGGAAUUUGUGAUAGUGACAGUGUUUUGUUCGGCAAAAUAAUACGAUUUUUUAAAGUUUGUACCAAAAUGGAAAUAGCUACACACGAAGGUGCUCCAUUACCCACCCUCUACGAAUACUACACAGAAGGUGACAUUAAAUCGGGGUUGAAUGCCGAUCAAAAUUAUUUUACUCUAAAUGGAAAAAAUAUCACGUUGUAUUCUGGUGCAAUGCAUUACUUCAGGACCCCAAAGCAACUAUGGAGAGACAGGUUAAGGAAAAUGAGAGCUGCUGGUCUUAAUGCUGUAGAGACUUAUGUGCCAUGGAAUUUACAUGAACCCAGUCCUGGUCAGUUUGAUUUUGGCAAUGGAGGCUCAGACAUGGAAGAUUUUCUCGACAUAGAAACCUUUCUAAAAACUGCCCAGGAAGAAGACCUUUUUGCCAUCCUAAGACCAGGACCUUAUGUUUGUGCUGAAUGGGAAUUCGGAGGUUUUCCUAGUUGGCUUUUAAGGGAAACUGGCAUAAAAUUCAGAACUUCAGAUCCGAAAUAUAUGAACCCAGUAAAAAGAUUCUUUCAAGCUCUUUUUCCAAUACUGGCAGCAUUCCAAUUCAUCAAUGGAGGCCCAAUCAUAAGCUUUCAAGUAGAAAACGAAUAUGGCAGCACUAAAACUUCAUCAUUUUUGCCAGACAAAACUUACUUGAAGCAACUCAAACAAAUUUACUUGGAACACAACAUCACUGAACUAUUAACAACUGCUGAUGGAGUAACUUCCUUUAGAGACGCGGGUACUUUGACCAAAGAUUUCUUAAUAACUGCAAAUUUUGGUGGAAAUCCUAUGAGCUCAUUUCAAACCCUUGAAACUUUACAGCCUGGUAGACCUAAAAUGGCUAUGGAAUAUUAUCCAGGAUGGUUUGAUCAUUGGAGCGAAAAUCAUCAUACAACAUCUGCAUUACUUUUAAUAUUGAACCUGGAGGCAAUUUUAUCAUAUCCAGGGUCAUUUAAUUUGUAUAUGUUCCAUGGCGGUACUAGUUUCGGAUUUAUGAAUGGAGCCAAUCUGGAUAAUGAUUACUUAAUGGAUAAUAGUGGAUAUCAACCUGAUAUAACUAGCUAUGACUAUGCUGCUCCAUUAACUGAAGCCGGAGACUAUUCUGGCAAAUAUGAUUUAAUUAAAGUUCUUUUGGCAAAAUAUGCUUCACCACAAACUAGAUUACCACCAAUGCCAGCUCCGACAGUACGCCUAGUGUAUCCAAAUAUAAGCAUUUUAGAGUAUAUUCCUUUGAAAUCUCUUAUUGAUUCCCAACUUAUAAACCUGGAAUACGAAAGACCAAUUGCGAUGGAAAUGUUGGAUAUUAAUAAUGGUUCUGGACAAAGUUAUGGAUACAUAACUUAUAGAAAAGAACAUGUUAACUUGUCUGCAGGGGCCACUCUGACUAUAAGUGGUAGGAUUUGUGAUUCAGUUUUGGUUUUGGUUAACGGACAAUUAAUAUCACCACCUCUGAAGUCAAAAUAUGAUCUAGACAAUUUUGGAUUUUGGAACAUUAAUAAUUCACAAAUAACUUUAACUAAUGUUACCAUGGCUGAUGCUACCAUUGAUUUGGUUGUCGAAAAUUGGGGCAGGGUUGGAUAUGGAAAACUACCACAGUAUUAUCAAUUUAAAGGAUUAUGGCAAGGGGAUAUUUCACUAGACAAUAAUGUUUUAUUGAACUGGAAGCAUGUUCCUCUGGAAUUCAAGAAAACAUGGACUUUAGGUUUGCAAGGAUGGGAAAAAAUUGAAAAUUAUAGAGGACCUGGCAUAUAUAAAGGUUAUAUUAGUAUCGGUAAUCCAUCAGACACGUAUAUUGAUAUGAGACCAUGGACAAAAGGUAUUGUGAUGAUCAAUGGGUUUGUUUUGGGAAGAUACGCUAGAAUUGGGCCUCAACAAUGCUUAUAUUUGCCGGCACCUUUAAUUAAGAAGGGACAAAAUGAAAUUUUAAUAUUUGAACACUAUGAAGCCUCUGACCGAGUAGAAUUUUCGAAUGAGCAAAUUUGGGAGACACUGUAGACAAUUUUAAAUUAUAUUAUUGCAUAGGUUUUCCAAUAAAGAUAUUUUAAUAUAA